CUAUGGUUUCCGGGUGCGACAAGCAGAGGGAAGGUCGGGUCUCGCCGUCGCGCUGCAAGCGUCGCACUGCGGGCGUCCUUUCCGGCAGGCCUCUGCGUCGCUCGCAGAUCUUCCAGAAGCGGCGGCCAGCGGGGAGACAAGGGCAUCGCGGCGCGACGCCAUGCCUUUCUUUGAUGUGCAGAAAAGGCUGGGCCUUAACUUAGAUCAUUGGAUGACAAUCCAAACUGCCGAGCAGCCUCACAAGAUUCCAGGUCGAUGCCAUGCUUUUGAAAAAGAAUGGAUAGAAUGUGCACAUGGAAUUGGUGGUACCCGUGCAGAGAAAGAGUGCAAGAUAGAAUUUGAUGAUUUCGUAGAAUGUCUGCUUCGGCAGAAAACGAUGAAACGUCUGAGUGACAUCAGGAGGCAGCGGGAUAAACUAAUAAAGGAAGGGAAGUACACACCUCCACCUCACCACUUGGGCAAGGAGGAUCCUAGGCCCUGAGCAGAGCUGCUGCUGAUGGCCGGAAGCUGAUUUUCAUGUUCUCUCUUCUCCGCUGGAAAGUUCAUUUACUGAAAACCUCUUUGUGAAAGUGUCUAAAAAUAAAGGAUUGCUCUAUCCUAUUCA